AAAAUCAACAAAAAGUUUGAGUUACCAAACUCCCAAACAUGCCUUACCAUUCUAUCUCAUCUCUCUCGCUCCUCCCCAUUCCUAUCCGCCAAAACUUGUCCAAACACCACCCACCAUUUCAUCAACCACCUCACUCACUCCCACUCUCCAUCAAAUCUUCACUCGACAACAAGCCACCCAAGUCCAACCAAGGCUCAUGGGUCAGCCCAGACUGGCUCACUUCUCUUACCAAGUCUCUCACUCUCAGCAAAGAUGAUUCCAACAUACCCAUUGCCAGUGCAAAGCUUGAAGACGUGUCUGAGCUUCUUGGGGGUGCUCUUUUCUUGCCAUUGUUUAAGUGGAUGAAUAUGUAUGGGCCCAUUUAUAGGCUUGCUGCUGGGCCGAGAGAUUUUGUGGUGGUCAGUGAUCCAGCUAUUGCUAAACAUGUUUUGAGGAAUUAUGGCAAGUAUGCUAAAGGUCUUGUUGCUGAGGUUUCUGAGUUCUUGUUUGGCUCUGGCUUUGCCAUUGCUGAAGGCCCUCUUUGGACGGCGAGACGCAGGGCUGUGGUUCCUUCGCUUCACAAGAAGUAUUUGUCAGUGAUGGUUGACCGGGUGUUCUGCAAAUGUGCCGAACGACUGGUGGAAAAGCUUGAAAUUAGCGCAUUAAAUGGCUCUGCUGUAAAUAUGGAGGAACAGUUUUCUCAGUUAACUCUGGAUGUUAUUGGUCUAUCAGUGUUCAACUACAAUUUUGAUUCGCUUAAUGCUGAUAGUCCUGUUAUUGAAGCAGUUUACACUGCUUUAAAAGAAGCAGAGGCUCGAUCAACUGACAUAUUACCAUAUUGGAAGAUUGAAGCAUUAUGUAAGAUUAUCCCGAGACAAGUAAAAGCUGAAAAAGCUGUUACAGUGAUUAGAACAACAGUCGAAGAACUGAUCGAGAAGUGCAAGAAGAUUGUGGACACUGAAGGUGAAAGGAUUAGCGAGGAGGAGUAUGUAAAUGAAGCCGAUCCUAGCAUUCUACGGUUCCUGCUAGCCAGCAGAGAAGAGGUCUCAAGCACACAGCUGCGAGAUGAUCUUUUAUCGAUGUUAGUUGCUGGCCACGAGACCACCGGCUCUGUGUUGACAUGGACAUCAUAUCUUUUAAGUAAGAACCCUUCUUCUUUAGUAAAAGCCCAAGCAGAAGUUGAUAGAGUUUUAGAAGGAAGGCCUCCUACAUAUGAUGACAUUAAGAAUCUCAAGUACCUGACACGCUGCAUAAAUGAGUCGAUGCGUCUUUAUCCACAUCCUCCUGUUCUGAUUCGAAGAGCUGAAGUUGCUGAUGAGCUUCCUGGGAGCUACAAGGUUAAUCCUGGGCAAGACAUAAUGAUUUCUGUAUAUAAUAUCCAUCAUUCUUCAAAGGUCUGGGACAGGGCAGAAGAGUUUAUUCCGGAAAGAUUUGACUUGGAUGGCCCGGUGCCAAAUGAAUCAAAUACUGAUUAUAGAUUUAUCCCAUUCAGCGGAGGUCCUCGCAAAUGUGUAGGUGAUCAGUUUGCUUUACUGGAAGCAAUUGUGUCGCUAGCUAUAUUCCUGCAGCACUUGAGCUUUGAGUUGAUUCCAGAUCAGGUUAUCAACAUGACAACAGGAGCCACUAUUCACACAACGAAUGGAUUGUACAUGAAAGUGUCCAAGCGGCAAAUCAAAUCAGCAGCUGUUUCCUCAAUAUCUAGGUAAACUUUAUAGUUCUGUACAUAAAAGUGGCAAUAUGUUGUAUAGAAUGUGGGAUGAUGAAGGUGAUCCACUGAGGCUUCGACUCUAUUGAUUUAUUAACCGAGAAAGAAAAUUCAUUUA